AUCCUGUAGCAUGUUUAUAGUGGGUAUUUAAUGCUUAAAGUCGUGUUCUAUAAGCUUUUUUUGUUGUCAGCGCCCAGAUUAUAGCAGUGCUGGCGCGUAUUACUCAGGUGUAUAACGUUUAACUAUUAAUGUUGCGGUGCUAAAUCUUGGUUCUGGCCUAAGAAUCUUGAAAUGAAAAAAUAACCGCACGUUUAACAGGUGUUUUGUCCCACCGCUAAUUUCAUUGUUUUCACGCUAAUCUUACCUUUUAUCAAUAUAUUCACAGCAUACGGCGACGGCAUAAUAAUUUUGUGCUGCUGGAUAGCGUUGAUAAUUUCUGUAUAUAUGUCUCCAGAUACCGACAUUUGGCUGUGUUUGCGUCUUAUUUUGAUGGACUAAUUAAUUACCUGUAGUGUAUCUGCGCCUGUUGGUAUUGUUGCUUCCUGAUUGAUUUGACCUUUCGUCGAUGUGGUUUCUGUUAACUGGAAAUUCGAAUGGAUCUCAGGGGUGAAAUUGUAUCUUUCAUAAUUUUAUCUUUUAUAAUAUGCGUAGUCAACGGCAGACCUCGACAAGACCCGCAUAAAAGGCAUCAACAUGUUCAUAUACCGCAAAACUGGAAGGAUUUGUUAACACGUGAAGUCUAUGAGCAGCAUGCUCAUCAACCAAGAGGCCAUAAUAAUUUGUUCGAAAGCGACAUCAAAAAGGAGGAUUUUCGGCAACCUACUCCAACUGGAGCCUUUCGAAAUGCGAUCGUGGAUCGGAAUUUAAGAUGGGAACGAGGUGUAGUCCCUUAUACGUUAAGCGACAAUUACGCGGAAGCGGAGAAGCAGGUUAUCGAGGAAGCGCUGCGCGAUAUGAUGUACAAAACGUGCAUCCGGUUUGUUCGUAGAACUACAGAAAAAGAUUACAUCGCCUUUCUCAAAAGGAAUAUGGGGUGCAGCUCCUACAUCGGACGAAUUGGGGGAGAACAACCGAUCGAUUUGAUGACCGGUUGCAUUUAUCAGAUUGGCGAGGUUCAACAUGAGGUAAUGCAUGCCAUAGGAUUCUAUCACGAACAGAGUCGAACAGAUCGAGAUCAGUACGUUACAAUAGUUUGGAACAAUGUUAUGCAAGGUGCCGAAGACCAGUUUUCUACAUACCGAACGGAUAAUCUGGAUAUGCCAUAUGACUUCGAAUCUAUCAUGCAUUACGGUUGGAAUUAUUUUGCAAAAGAUUCAUCCUUACCGACAAUUAUUCCCAAAACUACCAGCCAACAACCAAAGUCAUUAGGGAAUCGAAAGGUCAUGACUGCAUACGACGUGGAAAAAAUUAACCGUUUGUACGAAUGUUCACAUGACUCGAUCACGACAGCUGCAACCACAACUAAACGAAAAUACCGAACUCGCCCAACUUUGCCACGCUACCAGCCCACCCCAGAACGACCUAAAACAAACAAUCCAUACCCCCCAAAUACAAGUUUAUGGAGUGAUUUUAAAGACACCGUAAAACGCUGGAUGGAACAAUUUGCACAUACAUAAAGUAUGCAUGUGGGUGCGAAAAUGCAAACAUCUUCGAUUGAUUUCCACCUAACUGUUAAUUUGUUACGGUGUAUUCAACACUUCGUCAAUGUGUCGAAUGUGCAGUUAGUUUAAUUAUUUGAAUCGAAUGUUUUAGCGUUUCAAAAUGUUUCGAAGCAUUUUUGCUUUAACUGUUAAAAUCUCAUAGCUUGGACAGAACCUGCAGUGCCGCACUAACAAAUCAAAUAGAUGUACUCAGCAGAUGAGUUGCCGUAA